AUGGUUGAUUGUAUGUAUAACCCGGCGGCCCUUGAGGAUCCCAUCAAGUUACCCUCGACCGUUGCCAAGGCCGUCCGCUGCAAGUUUGUGAUGUCCAUCAUACAGGAGUUCAUCGGGUUAGCAUCGGCAUCACUUCAACCAUCCACGGCAGUGCCACGUGUGAUGUUCAUCUGUGACGAUGAGUCAGCUGUGUUCGUCUCCGCUGGUCUCGUCCUCGUCAGGGCUGCUCUAGGCCCCCAUGUCGAGUUGGAAUGCUGCACUUAUAAUACCCUCAAGCAAAGAUUGCAAGUUAUCUUCAUGGGAGAAUCCUCAUCGGUUGUUGUUGACGCUCUGGUCAAGAGCAUCAGAGAGGAUCAUAGGACUAUGACUAGGUUUGUUCAAAACUUGGCAGCGGCAUCUCGUAUUGACAGUAUCGACUUUGGUUUUUGA